AGUCCAAUCUACCCACUGAUUCAUCUCAUUCCCCUGACCAUGUAUCUUGACUCGUUCAGCCAGUAGCCAAUCCGAGCUGAGCAGCCCUUGGAUCUCGUCUAAUCCGGCUUACGCGACUAAUCUUAGAAUCAAAAAAGUUACUCGUUACUUUGCUCUGCCACAGAGUUCCUGCAUGCAAUACACUAAGCACCACCGCGGAUGGUCGGACUUUACUUUGCGCAUUAGGUACCUAAGUUUAUACAUACGUACGUGGUCAGCAUAGUGGCUGUGUGUACCCCUAAGAGGUGGUUAUCGCAUUCCAUGUCUCGGAUUUUGCCCCCCCGUAAUUAUAUAAGAAAAGGCGUAGCCGGCUUUGCCACCCCUCCGGUAUGCUCAAAGGUCCAACUUCAAUUAUUGUGCAGUCGAGGAAGCUUGUGGCCACUUUUGCGCGGACGCAGCACACCGACGAUACCAUUUCCCCAGUGAAGACCGAUCUAUCCCCUGAGGAGCCUAUUCCAGUCCCAUCCAACAUACCAAUCGGACGACCACAGCGACCAAUGUCAGCAUCUCGAAGAGCCAGAGAGCAGACGCCAGAAGGAACGGGGGUUCCCAAACCACCUUCUACGGCUACGGGGAUGUUUCCUUUAGGUUAUAAAGAAGCUGCAUCUCAAUGGUGGAACGGUGUAACGCCUACGAUCGCUGAACGUAACGUGAUAUCAUGCAUUCCGUAUCUCCGAGAAGCCAUCGCGUCAGGUACGAGCUCUGCGACAGAUGUCCCGUCGGCGGAACAUCCUGGUGAGACUCAGACGUCGACGAAAAUCGAUCCCUACGGGCCAAGAAUAUGGAAGUCGACAAUGGUAAAGUUAUCUGGCAAGAAUAGGGGUCUAAAUGAGUUCUCUGUGGAACGUGUCGGAGAACCCGUCGAUGACACACUCGUUAUGCUUCACGGAUAUGGAGCCGGGUUAGGCUUCUACUACAAAAACUUUGAGAAUCUUAGUCGUGCCAAAGGCUGGAAGCUCUACGCGCUGGAUUGGCUAGGAAUGGGCAACUCCGCAAGACCACCAUUCAGGGUCUGCGCGAAAGAUCCGGCGGCAAAGAUCACAGAAGCGGAGAAUUGGUUCAUAGACGCGCUGGAGGAAUGGAGGAAGAUUCGAAAGAUCGAGAAAUUUACUCUUCUUGGUCAUUCUUUAGGUGGCUACUUGAGUGUUUCCUAUGCGCUCAAAUACCCUGGUCACGUAAAUAAGCUCAUCCUCGCUUCUCCAGUCGGUAUACCUGAAGAUCCCUAUGCUGUGAAUGCCGACAUGCCAGAACCAACGGAGUCGACAUUCCAAGACGAGUUUACCAUGGACCAGCAAUCAACAACAGAAAGCCACGGUAUUGAUGGUCUCAAUGGUAAUAAGAAGGUGCAACAGCAAGAAGCUAAGAAGCGACCGUAUCCUUCAUGGUUGGUCUGGUUAUGGGACGCCAACGUGUCGCCAUUUAGUAUUGUACGAUUGGCGGGACCGCUAGGACCACGACUUGCUUCAGGUUGGACCUCUCGCCGGUUUAACCAUCUUACGUCGGAAGAGAAGCAGACACUCCACGACUACGCAUACUCGAUUUUCAGGCAAAGGGGAAGCGGUGAAUACGUGCUGCCUUAUCUCCUCGCCCCUGGCGCGCACGCACGACGGCCAGUCAUCAAUCGAAUCCACCGUGUAGGUAGACAAGUCAUCACUCCCGCAACCGAAACAGAACCGGCCGUAAAAGAAACGGGAUUUCCGAUCAUUUUCAUGUACGGGGAAAACGACUGGAUGGAUGUAGCAGGUGGUCUUGCUGCGGAGGAGAAACUUAAGGAAGCGAAAGCCAAGAUAUUAUUAAACGCCACCGAAGAAGAGAGGAGGAAAGAAAAAGGCGAUGCAAAAGUUAUCAUCGUCAGCCGGGCUGGUCAUCAUCUCUACCUCGAUAACCCAGACGAGUUCAACAAAUACAUCCGUGAGGAGCAAGAAGAUACGAGACAGCGGACGUUGGAAGAGAAGACUCAGUCGUAGGCUUUUAUGUCUACAACUAAUGGGGUUGCUGGUUUUUGAAUGCAUUGCCUGGCGUUUUGGUUGGAUAUUAGACUUAGAGCUUUUGGUUGACGAUAAUACGAUAAUAAUGACCAGAAGCUAGCUACAUUGUACACUAUUCGCGAGUUAUGGUACACCAGUAUUAUAUAUAUACCUAGAUUUAUAUCCUUGUUAAACAUAGCUAUUAAUACUACUACUACAUACUCGUUA